GAAAGAAAGAAAAAGGAAAAAAAAAAGUCCUUUUGGGGGGAGGGGAGAUGAUCGUGCUGAUGUGGAAUAAGUGCUCCUGCUGUCUCCUCUUACUAGCCGCGGUCCUGAUCGUGGAGAGCUCCCAGCUAGACAGCUCCAGCUCCAAGGUGAACUCCAUCAAGUCCACCCUGAUGGGGGAGGCUCCAACUCAGGCAACCAACAGAUCUGCAGGCAUCCACCAGGGACUGACGCUUGCUAGCAGUAAGAAGGGCAAAAUGCUAGAGCAGAUGGGAAAACCUCCUAAGCACUAUCACCGCCAAGGAGAGGCCUACCCUUGUACCAAUGAUAAGGAAUGUGAAGUUGGGCGAUACUGCCACAGUCCUCACCAAGCAAUGUCUGCAUGCAUGAUGUGCCGGAGGAAGAAGAAACGUUGCCACAGAGACGGCAUGUGCUGCCCUGGGAACCGCUGCAACAAUGGUAUUUGCAUACCAGUAACUGAAAGCAUCCUUACACCUCACAUCCCUGCUCUAGAAGGGCCACGCAACAAGAAGAAUGGUCAUUAUGCUAGCAAGGAUUUGGGAUGGCAGAACCUAGGGAGGUCACGUGCCAAGCUGUCACACGUAAAAGGGCAUGAAGGCGAUCCCUGCCUACGGUCCUCAGACUGUAUUGAGGGACACUGCUGUGCUCGCCAUUUCUGGACCAAAAUUUGCAAGCCUGUGUUGCAUCAGGGUGAGGUGUGUACCAAACAGCGGAAGAAAGGUUCUCAUGGACUGGAGAUUUUUCAACGAUGUGACUGUGCCAAGGGUUUGUCUUGCAAAGUAUGGAAAGAUGCAACCUCCUCCUCUAAAUCGAGACUUCAUGUGUGCCAGAAAAUCUGAACGAGGAUUGGGAAGACAGCAUUAAGUGACUGUGGCUUUAUGUAUUUAAUGCAUUACGGCAUGGUGGAAUGUGAGGACUGCAAAAGAAAGAGGAAUGGCUAAAGUAACAGUUAGGGUAGAAGCCACAACAAAUGCAUUUCUUUUUGAGCUGGUGGUAAACACAAGUGCAACUGGAGUUCUCCUACCAUGCAGCUCUUCUGUAAAUAACUUCUACAGUUUGUGGGAAGUGCUAGUAUGCAAAUAAGUCCAGUGGAAAUUAGUGUUGCUUACCUUGCUGUGUUGUCCCUUGGUGUUUCAGAGGGUUUAGUGUUAGCGUUAUGGUGGGUUUCCAGCAUGGUACAGACAGUUAAAUAAAUUGCAUACAUUGUGAUCCUAUAGGAAGCAAUGCAUGCCAGGAAGACUCAUCUGUGUCAACACGCUAUUGGCCACAUUGCAGGUGUGAGAAGUGGAAAUAAAGUUACUCUGAACAUCCAUAGCCCUUGUCAUUCAGGGCUGACACUUCAGCAAAGAAAGCACUCCUGCAGGACAAGAGUGCUAUGUUUUGCAGGCUCUUAUGAAUGAGGUGGAAAUUUGCUGUCUCACAAUUUCAAGAGAGCAGCAUUUUUUUUUCUAAGAGGCAUUUGAAAAGACUUUUGUUUUCUUUGCAUAGUUAAAUUGAAAUGCUUUUUUUUGUAGUUCAAUGUCAUAGU